CGGCUCCGCACGUGGCAGGGAUUCCCACGUGUGAGUGUAAGUAUAGAGCCACGAGCAGAUGCCUCUCAUUCCUGCGGGAUCACGAGCAGCCACGGGGGCUCAGGCAGGAAGGGUCCUAGUGAGCACUAGUGCCUCAGCCUCACUCACACUCACUGCUUCCCUCACACCAUUGGCCUCUGUCCCACUCAUUGAUAUGGAGCAAGAAAGAACCCCCAGAGCCUGCAAUCCAGCCCUUGGCCUCAGUGGGGGUAAUAAGGAAACUCUUAUAAAAGUCACAAACGUGGCCCCCCCGGAUCCAACCAGCGAGGCUGAAAAUCGGAGAAAGGAACUUCUGUCCAAGAUACAGAUCGUGACCAUGUCGGACCUGAGGAGACAGUGGCAGAGCCGCUCGGAGGGGCACAUAGAGAGACAGCGGCUGAACCCAUUCAGCGAGGGGUUCGAUCACACUCACGCCAUGGCGGUGCGGCUGCGGAAGGGGGACCGCGGCUACGGGAGACCAGAGGAAGGGAGCAGGACGGAGGAGAGGGGCAGGAGGGCCCUACGGCACAUCCAUAAGGAGAUGGAGGAGAUGUGCCUCGUUAUAGAGCAGAUGGGGGUGAAGGGGAGGGACGGGAGGGUGCGGGUGACAUUUGGGAGACUGUUCCAGAGGUACGAGCGCAUCUCGGAUAAAGUGGUGGGGAUCCUGCUGAGAGCCAGGAAGCACAAAAUGCUGGAAUUUGAGGGGGAGAUGCUGUGGCAGGGGGUGCAUGACCAUGUCAUUAUCACUCUGGCCUAGUGGGGGCACUAUAUAUCUAUAUUAUACACAAAUACAACAAUAAAUACUAACGAGAAAGGGACGUUUCAGAACAAACUUCAUGUUGGUCUGAAAAAUGUGAAGUCACUGAAUGAAAUCUGAUUGGCUGUUGUUGGCUCCACCC